AUGAACGACGAACAGUGUGAUGUGGACAUCAAGGCUGCCAGGAGGGCACACCACAGAGACGUGGAACGACGAAGAAGGCACGUGGUCAAUCAGACUUUCAAAAGUUUGCGGGACGCAGUGCCAGGUCUACAGCUGCAGAAGGCAUCGCGGGCUCGGAUCCUCGAGAGGACGACCGACUACAUCGAGUCCAUGCGGCGGAAGAACAGGGAGCGUCUGCAUUCUAUCAAUGAACUCAGGCGAGAGAAGGAGCUCCUCGACGAACAAAUCGAGGCUUUGGAGAAACUCAAAAUGACCAGGCGCGCUGUCAUCUCGCCUGCCUCCACGCCCAGCCCAUUGGACCUGGAGCGCGACUCUGAUGGGAGCUCUGAUUCCGCCGCCGAGCCUUGCGGCUCGUCCGACCCAGCGGCUCACGGAGCUUCAAUUUAG